UGUUUUCUGUCAUGACAUGAAAUUCAUACACUGGUGAAAUGGGAGACAAAUUUUAUAUAACUGUAAAUGAAGGUAAAAUCAAAGGUAUCAAGAAAACGUCGAUUUUUUCUGGUGUAGAAUACUACUCUUUUCUGGGAGUACCUUAUGCUCAACCUCCAGUAGGAAAUGCUCGUUUUAAAGAUCCUGUGAAAAUAAAACCAUGGACAACCACAUUCGACGCGACUGUAGAAAAACAAGGUUGCAGGCAGUUUUCUAUUCUAAAAAAAGGACUCGCAGGGUCUGAGGAUUGUUUAUACAAUAAUGUCCAUAUAACCAAGAUACCCAAUGAAAAUGAACCAUUGAAAGCUGUCAUGGUUAAUAUCCAUCCAGGGGGCUUUUUUCAUGGAUCUGCAGAUCCGAGUGAAUUUGGAUCACCUGACUUGGUCAUCCAUCAUGAUAUUGUGUACAUCUGCGUUAGCUAUCGAUUACAUAUCUUAGGAUUUUUAAACCUUGGUUUGAAAGAGUGCUCAGGCAAUCAAGGAUUGAAAGACAUAAUAAUCAGCCUUGAAUGGAUCAGAGACAACGCAAUCGCUUUUGGUGGCGAUCCUAAUAAUGUAACCAUCAUGGGAAGUAGCAGUGGAUCAGCUCUUGUAAAUACAUUAAUGAUUUCCCCACGAGCAAACGGUUUAUUUCAUAAAGCAGUCGUAAUGGGGAUGUAUGCAUUGAAUCCUGCCCUUAUUACUCUACACGAGAAUGCCUCGAUUGCUUUUGAAAUAGCUAAAUCGUUAGGAUACGAAGGAGCAGCCGAAGAAAGAAAAAAAUUACUAUCGUUCUUCAAAAAAAUUCCCAUCGAAGCAGUCAUAGUGUUGAGACCAGAAACAUUACUUCACAAAGUGAAAAUACCGAUGUUUCUUGCUUCGCCGUUUUUACCCACAUCAGACCCAUUAGGAGAGAAUCCCGUUUUACCUUUAUCGCUAAAUGAUUUAGUUCCUUCGACAGCCAGAAUACCAGUAAUGGUAGGAUUUUGUGAAAAAGAAGCAGCUAUGGCAUUUCUCAGGGUAUUUAAAAGUGCACUAGCAAGAAACUUUUACUCGACUGCAACGCAAAAUGUUUGGGGAUGGGGACGUGAUCUGAGAGACGAAGAUUUGAAACUAAUUAAAGAGCAAGCCGAAAAAUUCUACUUGAAUGGAGAACCCACUGAAAGAGCAGCAUUAUCAGACAGAUGUGAAAUUCAAACUGAUAUUGCUCUGUCUGAUGUGUAUGAUUCUCUCAUCAACAUCAUAGCUCGAGAUCUUCCUUCAUCAGCAUAUGUUUAUAGGUUCGAUUUUGAAGGCAGUAUUCCAACGAUAAAGGAAAAAAUAAUGUCUCGACUGGACGAACCUUUGAAGGGUACAGCUCAUGCGGAUGAUUAUAGUUAUUGGUCAUUCGUAAACCAUCUUCCGGGUAAAAUGGAUUACAAUAUGUUACCGAAAACUCGCGAAAUGGUUGAAAAAUUCACUAAAUUGUUAUGCACAUUUGCUAAAACAGGGAACCCUAAUUACGAAGGAUUGGACGUUGAGUGGAAACCUUCAAGCAUAGAAAAUCCGCAUUAUUUGAGCAUUAAUGAUCCUCUGACGUCAGUCGAAGGUAAACUGAAUGGAAAACGGAUGGAAUUUUGGGAAAAUCUUAAGAAACAAUUCACGAAUGAAUAAAAUGUUAUUUCUUAUCUA